AUGUCAAAUAUAUUACUGUUUCUUCUAAUACUGAGUUGUUAUGCAAACAUAAGACCUGCUGGUGCGUCAGAUAUUGGUGAAUUUUUUCAAACAUUCGGUGUUAAACUUUCCUCCGCAGCUCAAUACGUUAAAAAUGAAUUAUUAGAAUUCUAUCAUAAAAUUCGUACAUUCUUCAUUGGCCACAGUCAUUCUACUCAUCAUGCAAUGAAAAACAGAGGAUGUGGUAUUAGCGAUCACGAACCAACUGUGUAUGAUAUUGCUACAGUACCAAAAAUCAAAGGUGGUGAUGAUGCAUUGUGGCAUACUUGGCCUUGGAUGGUUGCGCUGUUUACAAAUCCUCGACACGGAUGGAGUUGCGCUGGUGUCCUCAUUAACACGGAUACAAUAUUAACUGCUGCGCAUUGUAAACUAAAUCCGUUGAAUUAUUAUACAAUUAGUUCAAUUCAUCGUCAUCCAACAUUUAAAAACUGUUGUAAAAACGAUUUGGCUAUAUUGAAAUUGAGCAGACAUGUUCUAUAUGGACCGAAAAUAAACUCUGUUUGCCUUCCACACAUAUUAUUACCCGAAGUGAACGAAAAAAAUGUUGUCAAUAAAACAGUGGUGAUUAUUGGUUGGGGUGAUUCAUCGACGAGUAAAAUAACAAAUUUAUUUAAAAGUUUCACAUUACAACAAGCAAAUAUUCAAGUUUUUGAUAAUCAACAUUGCAAAAAAUGGUUUCCGGGUGUUUUCGAUGAGAAACAUGAAUUUUGUGCAGGAGAUUAUCAACAGCGUGCAGAUACAAUGAGCGGCGAUUCGGGUGGUCCAUUACUCAUUCGAAACUCUGACAAUCGAUGGACUGUUCUCGGUGUCACCUCUUAUGGAUCAGCAACAUCAAACAAAGCUCCGGGUGUUUAUGUGAAACUAUCAGCCUAUAAAGAUUGGAUCCAAUCAUAUUUAUAG